UGUUGCUUACAUAUGUGUGGUGUAUGCAAAAAAUAUAAGUGUUAGGUUUGGCCUAACGCCGUUGGGUUAGUUUUUAUUUUGGAAUUUGGAUUUGCAUUGUGUAGUGUUUACAUGUACUCCACAAUGUGUCAUCUAUUAUGUGCAUAGGUUUACCAUAUCAACAACCUGUGCAAUUUUCAUUCAUUUAAAUAAGGCCCCGGUGAUUUAAAUUGCAUGCGGUCUUCACAUUGUUUAACUCUGCUGCUAUUUUGAUUGAGUGCGACUUGUUAUGAAUUUGUGAUAGCAGUUCGUUCAACUUCAGUCAUUUAAAGGGAUACCGAAGCGAAAAUCACCAAAAUGGCAUCAGAAGAUCCCAGUAUGUCUAAUAUAACACCAGAAAAUAUUGGACAAGCUAGCUUAAACUCAGUUCAAGGACCAAGUCAAAAUGCUGGAGGGAUUAGUGUUCCAAGACCAGAUCAAGCCUCUAGGCAAAACAAUCUAAAUCGCAUUCAGCUACGCAAACAGCAAUUUUAUAAUUUGCCUCAAGUGAAAAAGCUUUUAAAACUUGCUAAUUAUAGUGCAUGUCAAAUUGAUCAAUGUAAGUGCUCAGGAUGGAAACAUCCACAAGUAAGAGUACCAAAAACUGAAGCCCCUACAAUACCAACAUUUGGAGAGAGUUGCAGAUCCUGUAGUCAUACUCUAGAAAACCAUGUAACACACUUGAUUUCAUUACCAGAAGAAACAAUCAAUAAGUUAUUGUCGAUGGUUGUUGAUGUAGAUAAUAUUUUCAUGAGUAUGUAUGGGGAAAAAGAUCAAGACACAAAAAAAGUUUAUUUUUAUUUAUUUAAACUUUUACGUAAGAGCAUUAUAUCCAGACAAGAACCAUUGGUUGUAGAUGGUCCUCUUGGUAAUCCACCUUUUGAAAAGCCAAGUAUUUCAAAAGCAAUUACAAAUUUUGUUCUUUAUAAAUUUGGUCAUUUAUCCCAAAGAGACUGGUUAUCAAUGCAUGAUUUGGCAAAAAUAUUUUUGCAUUGCUUGAAUAAUUGGAAUUUUGAAUCUCCAAAUGUUAGAAAAACAGCUACAAGCAAUGAAGAAGAAGCAUCAGCUUAUAAAAUUAAUUUCACGAGAUGGCUUGUAUUUUGUCAUGUGCCUGCCUUUUGUGAUUCAUUACAUCACCAUGACUGCACUGCUGCUUUUGGUAAAACUCUAUUACAAGCUGUUUUUAAAUUAGUUUGCAAGCAAUUAAUGGACAAAUGUCACAGCGAAAAAGAUAAAAUGACACCAGAAAAAAGAUUUCUUGUUUUAAACCAUUUUCCCAGGUUUCUCUCGAUGUUGGAAGCUGAAAUUUAUUCAGAAAACUCACCUAUUUGGGAUCCAGAAUUUAAACAAACUUUACCAGCUCAUUUACAAAUGGUUGCAGAACCAAAGGGUAAUUCAAAUCGCCGACUUGCAGGUGAAUUUGAAAAAGUCAUAGUUGCUCCAAAUGAUAAAGAUAAUUUUACCACAAUCAAUUUGAGUCCUGGAGUGAAAAAACUUCUAGGUAAACGACCUCACCCAGAACCACGGCAAGAGCUUUCAAAAAGGAAAAAAGCUGAAGAAGUUUUUGAAGACUUACCUGAAGAAACAAUUUUAGAUAUAUUAGCAACCAUUAAAGAUCCCAAUCAUAUGUUUGGCUUAGACGCCAUAUUUCCUCCUAAUGCUCCCAGAGAUGAAACUCCAAAAUUAGAAGAAGCUAAAAAAAUUAUUGAAUUUCACAUUGUUAGAAAUAGUUUAACUCAACCUGUAUCAAAACAAACUAUGUUAUGGUUAAUUGGAUUACACAAUGUUUUUAGUCAUCAGCUUACAAGAAUGCCUAUGGAAUAUAUUUCACAAUUGGUUUUUGAUCCCAAGCAUAAGACAUUAGCCUUGAUUAAAGAUGGUAGACCUAUAGGAGGAAUCUGUUUCCGAAUGUUUGGUAGCCAAGGUUUUACAGAAAUUGUUUUUUGUGCUAUGACAUCAGAACAACAAGUUAAAGGAUAUGGAACCCAUCUAAUGAACAUGUUGAAAGAUUAUCACAUUAGGCAUGGCAUUUAUCAUUUCUUAACUUUUGCCGAUGAGUUUGCUAUUGGAUAUUUUAAAAAACAAGGAUUUAGUAAGGAAAUUAAACUACCGAAAGCAACUUAUCAAGGUUACAUUAAAGACUAUGAAGGAGCAAUGCUUAUGCACUGUGAACUAAAUUCUAAAAUUGUGUAUACUGAAUUUACAACUGUUGUUCGUAAACAAAAAGAAAUCAUAAAACAACUUAUUUAUAAACGGCAACAAGAGAUUCAGAAGAUUCAUCCUGGUCUAACAUGCUUUAAAGAAGGAGUUCGAGGUAUACCAGUGGAGUCCAUUCCUGGUAUACAUGAAACUGGAUGGAAAAAUUGUACUCAAACUCGCACUCGUGGUGUAGCUAAAGGUACUCAAGGUUCUGAACCAAUUGAAGCGUGCAUGGAUGUAGUUGACUCUUUAUAUAAUGGAUUGAAACAGGUGCUAUCAAGUGUUAAGGCUCAUAAUUCUUCUUGGCCAUUUUUGAAACCAGUUGAUAAAAAUGAAGUACCAGAUUAUUAUGAUCACAUAAAGUAUCCAAUGGAUUUAAAAACUAUGUCAGAACGUUUGAAAUCAAGAUAUUAUGUGACAAGGCGAUUAUUUAUUGCAGACAUGACGCGGAUUUUUACCAAUUGUCGCCUGUACAACGGUCCAGAUACAGAAUAUUACUCUUGUGCUAAUUCACUCGAGAAGUAUUUUGUGACAAAAAUGAAGGAAUCCAAUUUGUGGGACAAGUAGUCGAAAAUUGUUCUCAUCUAACAUUAUAAAUAAGCUAGGAUUUUAUAAAUUAGAUGUAAAAGAUAAUUUUUUUGACAAUGCAUGAACAUCUGUCAAAUGAAAAAUUUGAUUUAUUGCUUUGUAGUUUAGUAUAAUUAAUAAUAAAAUGAAUAGUAUUCAUUGUAUGUUUAGGAAAGUGACAAAAAUAUGUUUAUGUGGAUAUUAAACACUAAUUUAUUAGCAUUAUUAAUCUUUUCAAGGAUUCUCAUUGAAUAUUACAAAUACUUUAUUGCAUGAGAAAAAAAAGCUUUUUAAUGAACUAAAACUUUUCCAAAUAUUUCACGAUUAAACAAAUUGAAACAUUUAUAGAAACAGUUUCAAUUUCAUCUUAAUUUUAUCAUAAGAAAAUAAAUGUCAUCAAAUAAUU